CUUCUCUCUCUUUCUCACCUUCUCACACGCACACACUCCCUAUUCUAUUCCAGUAGUAUCUUCUGCAUUUCCUCUGUGUUGUCACAAACUAGGGUUAGGGUUCUUUUUCUUUUCCUUUCCUUUUCUUUUCUCUGUAAAAUCAUCAUUUUCAUUCUCACUAUCCUGGCUGAUUGAAUUAUUCUUUCAACUAAAAAUUAUCACACAACAAAGUGACUGAAUUCUCAUGUACCUGUUCCUGAUACAGAGAGUCUCUGGGAUUUGUUCAAUUUGAGCUGAUUUUGAGUGUUGCAGAUAUGAUUUUUGAUGGUUUUUAAAAUGCUAUUUUAUUUUGUUUUUAUACUUGUUUAGAGCUAGGUUUCGUUUUUUUCAAUUCAGUUUCCUUCUUGUUUUUUUCAAAAAAGGCGGUGUUGUUGUUGUUGUUGGUGGUGGUGGUGGAAUUGAGCUUCUUCUUUUUUGACUGGGAAUUUGAUAUUUUGUUCUCGUGUGUAGAUUCAGCUACCUUCUCGAUUAUUGAUUUCAUUCAGAUUCGUAAAAUGAGUCAUUCAAGUAAUGACAGCGAAGAUGAUUUACUAUCUAAGGAUCAGUCUGAUUCACAAUCAAUCGAUGAAGGUAGCUGUGGGGGAAGCUUUGGAGUAGGCGGUGUUAUUUUGAAGAAAGGGCCUUGGACCUCACAGGAAGAUGCAAUUUUGGUUGAAUACGUCAACAAGCAUGGUGAAGGCAACUGGAACGCUGUGCAGAAGCAUUCGGGGUUGUCCCGUUGUGGAAAAAGCUGUCGUCUGCGUUGGGCUAAUCACCUGAGACCUAACUUGAAAAAGGGAGCUUUCACGGCAGAUGAAGAACGCAUGAUUGUUGAGCUUCAUGCCAAGAUGGGGAACAAAUGGGCCCGGAUGGCUGCACAUUUGCCUGGGCGUACAGAUAACGAGAUAAAGAACUACUGGAAUACCCGAAUAAAGAGACGGCAACGUGCGGGUUUACCACUGUACCCUCCUGAAGUUCGUAUGCAGACUCUGAAUGGGAAUUACCAGUAUCAGAAAAGUGAUGAGUUCAACAAUGUUGAUAUGCAGCAGCACGGUCUCUUGCAUGCAAACAGUUACGAGAUUCCCGAUGUCACAUUUGAUGGGUUAAAGGGAAAUCAAGGAUUUCUAUCUUAUGAACACGCUCUUCCCGAUAUGUCUGUUGGUAUGCUGCCUCAAGGUUUGGGUUCAUCUCUAAAUUACAACUUCUACCCCACAACAAUGCAUCGUCUCAAGCGACUUAGAGAUCCAGAAAACUUGUUUCCUGGUUUUAACAGUAGUUUAGCUUCCAGUGCGGUCUCACCAUUCGACCCGUUUCAGAGUGAAUCUUGUGAGAAGAUCCAUCAACCCCCCUUUGGGUUGACUUUUCCUUACGUUCCCAACCGUAACAAGAUUAAGAAGUCUUCACCUUUUGGUGCAAGGUCUGGCAGCCAUGCCUUUUCAAAUGGCAACUUCUCUACUUCUAAGCUCAUUAAUGGGCCUGUGAAGUUGGAGCUCCCUUCAUUCCAAUAUCCAGACACCGAUGUUGGUGGUUGCUGGGGAACAUCCCCUGUGCUUCCUUCACUCGAGUCUGUUGACACUUUUACCCAAUCAUCUCCUCUCUCAAAUGGGCAGGUACAGUCUGAUUGUCUUUCGUCACGUAACAGUGGCCUGUUGGAUGCAUUGCUUCAGGAAGCACAGACGUUAAAGAAUCAGUCUUCUGAGAAGAGCUCGAGUUCUUCCGUUGUUACACCCAGUGAUCUUAUGGAUGGUUCGAAUCUGGAUCUAUGUGAGACAGGGUGGGAAGAUUAUCGCGAUCCCAUCUCCCCACUGGGUCGUUCUGCUGCAUCAGUUUUUGGUGGAUGCACUCCAAUCAGUGGAAGCUCGACGGAUGAUCCUGCACUUUCUGAGUCUCUUCCUGUUGCAGGAUCCAAUAUUAAGCAAGAACCAGUAGAGCACAUUACAAACCCAUAUGGAGGAGAGGAAGGAACAUCUCCAAAGUUGGACUUUUCAAGGCCUGAUGCGCUACUAGGUGCAGGUUGGUUUGACCACCGUUCUUGUGCGAAUGACAACUCUAAGGCCGAUACAAUAGCAGCACUUCUUGGGGAAGAUUUGUGCAAUGAUUACAAGCACAUGAAUGAGACAAAUACAAUAACCCAGGAAUGGGAAACUGUCAGCAAGGAAUGGGAUAAUAUGCCUGAUGGCUGUCAUGUCAUCCAGACAUCCCUGAGAUAAAUUAAUCUGUCAGUUUAUUUCAUGUCGGGAUAUGCUUAGUUAUCAUGGAGGCAAUGUUCUUGGUUUUCCUUUCCUUGAUGAAAAAACAGGUCAGUGAAGAUGACAUUUUUUAUGGUUUAAAAACUUGUAAAAGUUCUUCUUUCAUGUUAUCAUUUUUGUUGCCUUCCUUCAUGCUGUACUACAUGUUGAGAGUUCACUAUGCCCUGUACACCCAAGUACAAUCCAUCUGUUUGUAGGACGGGGUUGUGUGGCUAUUUAAAGGUUCAAGCACUCUUGUUUGUUAGUAUUUUGUAAGAAUAACUGAAUUCAGUAACAGAAUAGUGCCAUUGAAAUGGAUUUCCAAUUAAUUUAUGUGCUAUUUUAGGCCACUGUGCAAUGGCAUGUAUUCUCAAUAAUAUGCACGA